GAAGGUGAGUUGUAUUUUUCAUCAAACUUGCGUUUUUAUUUUUUCGCCGGCAAACCGAGAUGCUGAGUCAGGCCUCUGAAUUAUGAAUGGAUGGAUUCAUUUAUGAUUUCUGUGUUCUAAUCAUAUUUUAAGCUGUUUGCUGCACAAACACAUGAACAAACAUGAAUUUAGAUAAUUAUCUUAUUAUCGGUUGAGAAAACAGUGUUUUUAUUUUUAUAUUUUUGCGGUGUUCGAUCGACUGAUCAGCUGGUGUGAGAUCCAGCUGAGCGAGUCGCGAUUGUCUCGUCCGCCACGUGGUCUAACAUUUUUGUAACAGGCUUUGUUGCUUUUAUUAAUCCAUUCUUUUUUUAGAAAUAAUUGUUUUAAGAAUGCUCGUGUGUUAGAAUUCCAUUAAUUAUUUUGAGAAAUGCAUAUUGAUGUAACUAGAGGCGCUUUAUCAUGUUUUCUUCAUCCGCCGGCGCCGGUUCGAGUAGAUGAUCCCACCUCCGACUUCGUUUGGCCAGGGCAGCCACAUCUGGCAAUUUUCAAAUUCAUGGAUACAUUGUUGGCCAAUAUUUUGGAUGUUUUUACAGUGCUUGCGGAACGAAAAUUGAGUUAUUUCCGUAGCCCUUCUCCAUCUGGAGCACCCAAAGAAGCCGAGAAGCGUAUAAGACGAGAGAUCGCAAAUAGCAACGAGAGACGGCGUAUGCAGAGCAUCAAUGCCGGUUUUCAGUCACUCAAACUUCUUCUUCCACACAAUGAAGGAGAGAAAUUGAGCAAGGCCGCCAUCUUGCAGCAGACGGCGGACUACAUCUGCCGCCUGGAGCAGGAGAAGACGCACCUCAUGAGCCAGGUGCUGAACCUCAAGAGGGUCUUGGUCAAGUACGAGAGCAAUGGAGGAAGCGGGGACAGCGACCCGGAGUCGCCCAUACCUCCCAAGAAGCGGAAGCGCUACGACAGUAUGAUGGAUGAAGGUAUCGGUAGUCCGGAGUCGUUCGACGACACAAGGAGCACUGCCUCUGUGCCGCUGGACUCUAAGAAGAUUAUGGAAGACAACCAUCGUGAGAUCAUGGACCUUCGGGCCAAGCUGGACCGUGAAAGGCACUACCGCAUGGUCGUCGAAGAGAGAAAUCGAACGCUAGAAUCUCAACUUUACCCAGAGAAACUCAAGGAGAUUUCAAAGAAGGUGAAACCGGAAGAAGUGCCUGCCACUACGAGUCUCGCAGAGGACCUGAGGCGGCACGAGGAGGCCGAGUUGCAGCUCCACCAGCAGCAGCAGCAGCAACAGCUUCGCAUUCAAGAGCAUAGGGUGAGGAUGAUGUCAUACCCGUAUGUCACCAUGACAACGCCCGCCCCUAUCACAACACCCGCCCCAAUCAUGACGCCGACCACCUCGACGUCGCGGCAGAAUCUGGAAACCAUCUUCCAGGCCAUCAGACACCUGGAGGGCGAGAGACCGACGCCCGGCAACACCCCUGUCCAGACACCGUCCCAUACCCCGACCCCGGAGGACGAGGCGCGGAAGGGGCGUGACGAGUGCGACGACAUCCUGCGAAGAGCGGAUGAGCGAUCUGUCAUCCGCGAGACGGAGUCGCGGUUCAAAUCGGAGAGCCUGGAGGAGAGGAAAGUGUCAGAGUACACAAAGGGUCGAGGUAUCAAAAUUGAACUUGUGCAUCCGCUCGACAAGCUCACCGCAAGACCAAGUAUUAUCGUGUCAUGAGGUCUGCUCUGUAUCAUAUCUCUGUAUAAAAAACAUAAAAUAAAGAAAAAAAAGAGCGAGGACUGUACAAUACUAGGAAUUACCUUGAUUAUUUUGUCACUGACAUAUAUUUAUUCUGUAGCUUAUGGUGCACUCGAUAUCUACAAGUAGUACAUGUAUGUAGUUGACUGGAGAGUAGGUCUGAAUUUUUUAAUUUAUUUGUUCAAGAGGUUUAGAAAGUCGCAUUUGAAAUCGGCCUCUGUCCUAACGGUUGAUCCCGUUAGGAGCAUGUGAUAGUGCCACUUUAUGACUGAAACUCGAGAAGAAGAAAAAACAUCUCAUUAAUACUGUAAAUGUGAGAGCUAAGCCCAGUAGCAGGCUUGGCUUGCCAGGGAUAGAGUAUCUUGCCAGAACAGGAAACUGGAGGAAGUCUGGCGUCCGGUAGGAAGUGGCCCUUGUUGGUUUCAGUUUCCUUGUCCUGAACUGAAAGACCACAGGGAAGAGGGGAAAUUCCCAGAUAACGGUUUGGCAGCUGGUGCCACCGCCUCUCUCCCUCCUCCUGCCGGAAACAAAGUCCUUAUCAGAUAAGGAUGCCUUUGAUAUAAUGGGGUAUUAAUUAUUACUUGAGGUUCAUCAUACUGCCCUUAAACUAAUCAUGAACUUCACAAGAUAAGUCUUGGCACAAAGUAUCUCUCUUCUCCGUCGUAUGAUUUAAAUGUAAAUUUGAAGGAUUUCUCAUAACCUUAUUUUGUGCCAAAUUUUACCUUCAGUGCUAUAAAGGUUGACUUUCUUUUGGGGUCUUUUGUUUUCAUUUUGAAAGGAAAGUAUGCAAUUUGCUGAUUCUUUUUUUUUUUUUAAGAGAUAUGCCAACCAGAGUAUAUUCUUAAUUUUUUGUUCAUGCAAGAUUUGAAUUAACUCCCAUCAUUGUACAGUUAAAACUGAGCAGACUGUAAAAUGAAUGUGGAUACCUCUAUUAUUAAGCAGUAUAAAGCUAACCUUCAAUUAGUUGGAUUAGAAGUGAUAAGCAACACAAAGGCUUCGCAAGCCAAUUUGCAAGGCACCUGGUAAUCUCCUGUCGGAAACAGAUGACAGAAGUAUUUACUUGCGGCACAACGAGUUUGGGAUAUCCUGACUGAAAAAAGGUUUUAAUAGGUUAAGGACAACUAAUGACAGCAAUGCUUGAUGGCUGAUUAUGAUAACCCUCUUUUUUACAGAUUAGCACAUCAGAAUAUUUUGAUAACUUGCCAAGAGCGUUAGGAACGGGUUAACAGUUUCUAUCAAUUUGCCUUUGUACACAAAGAACCUGGAGCCAGAUUGGGUCAGCGAAGACAAAGUCUUGCUACCUUUAGAAUCGGGUUACAUGAUGUAUGUUGAUUUGGUCUUGCAACAGGCAUCUUGUUUCUGUGCCUUCGUCAGCGAGGUUGCGGUUUCUCCCUGGCUUGUACCCCUGCUUGACGACUCACGUAGCUGAGAGGGGUACCGCUAAUCGCUCAUGGAAAGUUGUAAGGGGUGCAUUAGUAACUAUGAUAACCUUUCUCUCUUCUCUAUAUCUUUGUCUUUCCCUACUCCCUGGACCGAUGAUACUGUCUGUGAACUUGGCCUGGGGACAAGUCUUGUUGACCUUCCCAGAGUUCACUGCUCACCCCCCUGACGGAAAGCGUUCCGUUUGGAUUGGGGUGAUUCAAACCGAUGUUGCUGAACUUGGGGAGGCACAUGCUCAAGUUUCUGUGACAGACGGGAUUAAUUCCUCUUGACAAGGCAUCGAAGCUGGAUGUGUCAUUUCUUGUCCUCUCUUCAUCUUUUGCAUGAGAACUUGAAAACAAAUGAGCUUUUUUAGAAUCAUAUCGAUUCAUCCCAUUAGUCGAUUCUAUCACAUUAAUAUGCUGCUUUGAUUAAGAUGAUCUUUGUAGAGAUUGUUGCAAUUACUUCAUUAGUGGCCAGGUGGUCAUUUGGAGAAUGCCGCCACCUUAGAACCAAUCUUGCAACUUUCACGAAUUCUCUUGUUUAAGUGGUGUCAAUUUAGUUCUACAUCCCUGUUUACUUUUUCUCUCACUGUCAGAAAAAAGGAGCAUUAUCUUGCAGAUUUCACACCCAAUUUUUUUUUCUUCAUUUUUUGAAAAGUCACGCUGCGAGAGCGAUGACACACUGAAUUUGGAUUAGUGCCUUGGAACAACUGGCGCUCCCCCUAGUUUAGCUUGGUCUGGCUGACUGACAACUUGCCUGUAAUUUUCCAUGGUGUUGUUAGACAGCCAUUCAUGGCCGGCUUCCUUUCGGGCCAUCACUGGCAGGAAGGUGCCACUUCCAUAUGGGGGGAAAUGAGGCAUAAGCCCCUCAUUUCCCUCUCCCUCUCACUUACACAUUCACUGUCACUUGGGUCCAGCUCUCUCUCUCUCUCUCUUGUACUCUGCAGUAUUGGACUCUGUGGGAGGAGCCAGACUCUUAAAAAAGAAAGUAGUUCUGGUUGUAAUGUUAGGUUAGCCAUAUUCCUCUGUUGAUUUCACCAACUCUGUGCUACUAUGUUACAACAUAUCCUGUGAUAUUACAUUUUCUGCAUGCUGUAAAGCAUGCUAAAUUCAAUGCAAAGUGACCCACCAAUAAGUAUAGUCUCAAAAUAGAAGGAAAAAAAGUUUGUUUAAAAAACAAAUUAAAUAUCCAGAAAUAGUUAUAGAACUUGACUUAGUCCUUAUUGUAGGUAGAUAAAACACUGCCAGUAGAAUAUAUAGACUUAGUGUAUAUUUGAAUUAUAAAAGGGAGUUUGUGAUAAGGGAAUGCAUUUCUACUACCUAUUAAAAGCAGGUAGUGCCAUGUGCCUCAAACCAAACAAAAAAAAUACAAAAGCAAAAAAUUAAUAAAAGUGAAUAGAUGAAGUGAUGAAGGCAAAUAGAAAAAAUGACUUAAAAACUCAUAGCAAGUCGGGUAGAAUAGCUGAGAAAUGAAUAAGCUUGUAUUGUAAAUACUGUACAAAGGCUGUUUCGUGUUUCUCUGUUUUGUGAUACCAGUUCUAUGUGGAGUAAGAUUGCAGUUUGUCUCUAUUUUUACAUCGUAUCUGGGUUCGGGAGAUGUUUAUUGAUGAAGACUUUAGAUUUUGGAUGUGAUGAAUAGUUUCACGGUCCAUAUUAUUGCCUUUAUCAUGUCAAUGUGGUCACUCGAAAAUGGGAAAAAGACCAUAUUGCUGUCUCGAUAGAAUUUUAUAUCAAAUAUUUUGCUUUCUUUUCAAAUGUUUAAUUGUCAUCUCAAAAACUCAUUUAUUUUCAUCAUGACAUAAAAAAAAGAAUAUUUGUAUUAAGAGCAAAAAAGGAUAAUGAAUUUUGAAUGAAAAAUACCUCCCCCUCUAUACUAUUAUCUUUAUUUCCAUGUGAUUAUUUAUUACUUUUUCCUGUUUAUGUAUUCAUCGGUGGUACUUGCAAUACUUUCUUCGUUCGUACGUGUUUUUGGAAACUCAGUAAAGUUGACAGGGUUGAGGUACCUUAUCCCCAUGUAUUUAAUUUUCAAAUGUCAAAAGUAUCUAGUGUUUGCUCAAAAAAGCAGCUGAUGUACUGGUAGACUUAUAAGAUAAGUGAUAUUAUUUAUUGCUUUUGUUGUACCACCCCACGUUUCCCUUUUCCAAGAAAUUUAUGUUUUAUUCUUUACAUAUAGAUCUAUUUCUCCCACUCCCCUGUCCGUACAAACAUAUCAAAACCAAAGAAUAUAUUUUAAGAGAUUGACUUUUGUAGUGUUAGACUUUUGGGGAGUUUAUCAGUAGAUUAUCAGAUUGGACAAUCAUGUUAACAUUGAUUAUGACUUGUUACGGUACACAAUUUUUCUUUUAAAAGGUAGUUCUGAAAUACACUUUGUAAAAGAUGCUCAUCUCUGGAAAAUGUGUUCCAAGAGGCAUUCUCGUCAUUUGUAUUCUAUGUUAGACUUCCGAUUAAAUACUUCGCCUGGUAAUACAGGCCUUACUAGUCCUGGAAUAUUUCUGGCCUUUUUCUCUCAAAAAAUAAUAUUCUUAGAGGAAAAAAAUGAAAUUCAUUAACUAUAUAAAGCCUCUGUCUUGUCACUAAAUACACUGUUAGUAGCAUAACAUUUUUGAAGCCUUGUGUGUGGUGUAACACAAUUUUGCUGUAUAUAAAUGCAUAUUUCGAAUGAAGCGGGUGCUACAUAGCUAAUGAUCCCUUUUACUCUCGGACUGCCUCUUGUAAACUUGCUGCAUUGAAAAACAACACAUUUUCCUUGUACAUACCAACACUCCAACAGGAAGUGUAAAAUUGUCCAUAUUGAUUUAAUUGUUAAUGCUUUAAAUGAAUACUGAUAGUAUUCUUUUUAGGGGGGGGGAGUUGGGGAGCUUGAAAUGUCAAUCUCAAUUGAACUGUAUCAGUUAAUGGUAUUUUGAAAAAUAUAACACUGUAUUUUUCUACAAUUUAUGGGAUAUGUAUCGAGCGCUAAACUUGCUGCUAUUCCGGUUAAUUGUAGUUGGGGUUCUAUGUUAUGUAGCACCUUGCAAAUGGGGGGGGGGGGGGGGGGGUCCGAGAUGGAAAAAAUGACCGAUAUAUUUCAUGAUAGUGUUACUGUUGUAUUUUUAUUGUACAUGGCAUAUAAUGUCGGUAUAUACGCUUUGUUCAUUUGUGUAUUGUACAUGAAGAGAGUAAUCUAUUGUUGUUCAUAUAUAACUUAUGGAAUGAAAUUGUUUAUUUUGAAGGUUGGAACAUUUUUAUGCAUUUCAUUUUUGAAAAAAAAAGAGAUAUAAAUGACUCUUUGUUUCUACUCCAGGCACAGUGACUUUUAUGAAUCCCCAGUGAUAUAAGGGGUAAAAGGAAAACCAAAAAAAAAAUGUAUUUAAUCAAGAAAUGAUAAAUUCCAUUACUGUAAUCUUAUUUAUAUACCCAAAACAGGGACUGCAUUGUAUUACUGUAAAGAGAUUAUAUCAUUCCAUUGAAAUUCAUUCAUUAUCUGUCAAAAUUAUUAUUUAACUUAAAAAGCAUGUAUAAUACUGCACAAAAUAUAUGUAUGGUUCUGGAUUUUUUUUUAUCUUGCUAAAGUUAUAGAUUGGCAUGCAUAAAUUAACAGUGACAUAAAUAAAGUGCAUAAUUGUAUACUAGACAAGAGUAUAAAUUAUGCUUUUUUUAAUGUUAUUGAACUGACCAGUCCGUCUUUAUAUAAAUAUUUGUAGGCGUUAAACUGCACUAGUUCAACACAGAAAUCUCAACAGAAAAAAAAUACUUUUAAUGAAAACCAAUUUUCCCACAUUUGUCUUUUAAGUUUGAAAUUGUUUGAUAUAUAACUCCUUUUACCUAGUUGUAAUUUUACAUUCCAGAAUUAAUAUAUUUGAUGCCAAUUUUGAUUCUGUAUGGUAUUAACCAAAAUCCCUAUGCCCUGCACGCAGUUAUCCACAUAUAUACCCUGUUACAUAGUCCUAUUGCAAAAUAUGCAAAUGACCGUAUAACUUUUGAAAUGUUUUAGUACAUUUAUUUCUCCCAAAAGCCCUUACAGGUUCUCUGUGUGCUGGAUGUAAUAUUGUGUCGACAUUUUGUGUUACAACAACAUCUGACAAAAUAAAAUGAUAAAAAAAAUCAUAAAUUGUACAAAACGA